GGCGGCCGCGCGUGCCGCGGCGGCGCUGCUGGGCCUGGCGCGGCCGGCGGGGUCCGUGGUCCGCCGCGGGGGCCUCGAGCUGGGGCAGGACGUCGGCCAACCAGCAUCUAACCUUCCUGCCCGGCAGCGGCAGGCUGGAGCUCAAGGUGAAGGCGGACCGGAGCCCUGGGGAGACCCAGCAGCUCAAUCUCACACUACUGAUGUUCAUGGAGAAGGACAUGUCCCUCUUGCGCCAGCGGGGCAUUGACAGGUGCAGCUGGUGGAUGUACGCCCGCGACCGCGCAUAUGUCGUUCUCAAGGGGCACGUCGGUGUGCCGUUCACUUUCAGCAGCAUUGUGUGGUUGACCAACGAGACGAAAUUCUGCGGCGAGCGGUACAUUCCCCUCGGGCCCACAUUGAAAGAUGCGAAGCGCGCGGCGUCGACCUGUCCCAACGCGUGCCAGGACGUCGGCGGUGUUUGGACUACGCACUGGAAGUCCAAUAGUUGCGAGUGCGUUUUCAAUUGCCUCUACACAUUCAAGAUGCCCAACAGGACCCACGCUCGCACCUUCACCCUGGAUAGGUGUGGCUGGAGCGACAGGACAUUGGAGAAGUUCGAGUGCCGAGGUUGCCAGCGGAAGGCUAUACAGUAUGAGCUGCGCUUCUCGCAGGGCCUCACGAGGGGUAAGGAUCUCUCUGCCGAGUGCAUGUUCCUCUGGCCCGUUCUGGUUUUUAUAUUGCUUUACAGCGUCAUCCUCUUGGUUUUCGGGGUCGCUGGCGCGUUGCACAGGCGUACAGAUGCCACUGCGGCCGGAAGCUGGUCCAGAGCACGCUGGGUGUCUCUGGACCCAGGGGUGUUGUUGCCUGCGCUGCAGGCGCUGCUCUGCGUGGUCGGCAUCGUGUGGCUGCUGAUUGUAGCUGAGUGGGGCGAGGAUUUUUUGAUCACGCGGGUGAUCCUCCUCUCCAGCUGGCUGACAUUGGUCGCGGCUGGGGUAUUGCGGCUAUUGGCAGAGGUGCCAGCAUCAGCUCUGCAGGGGGCGUGUCUGCAGCUCCGGAGCCGGCUCCCCAUCGGCAGGUCGCGUUUUCCAGCCUGUGGUGGAUGCUCUCGCCUGCUCAAGCCUAUGUUUUUUAUCGGGAGCGUGGUGCCGACACUCCUUACCCAAGCCAAUGCCCUCUCAUUAGUGGGAGCGGACUCUGGAUUGGUAUCGCUGCUGUGUCAGUCGCUGUCUGUGGGGGCCUUGUGUUGGGCCAGCCUAGCCUGCACCCAUGGCAAGCCCAGCGGCGCUCCGUGCCUUGGCGCACUAGACGCCCGCGAGGCCAGGGUCCUGGUAGCUGUUGUUGCCUCGUACCCGCUGACAAGCAUCUCGGCCGCGCUGUUCGCGAGGUACCUGCGACUGUCCAUGUAUCUAAAAGGCUGCCAAUUUUUCGUGCAGAUGGGGUCGAUGCUGACGCUCACGAGGCAGCUGCGCGUCUUGGUCGUGUCGCUGGCAGCGGUCGUCCUGUGCCAGCUGGUCCCGCACGCCUCGCUCGUCUGGCGCGCGGGGGAGCUGCUGCCCGUUGGCCGGGCCGUUCUCCCGCUCGGCUUCGAGAAGAACUCGCCGUGCGACUACGGCGUCUUCGACACUCCCGUGGCGCUGUUUGACGGAAAGCCCGUGGAUCACGUGGCGCACGUGUUGAAGCACACGUGGUACAACAGGCGCCCAUUCUUUUGGCUGUCGCAGCCGGUCUUCGACGCCUGCGACACCAUGAUCAACGCCAAGGGCAAGGUCAACAGGGUCAGGUACGGCUACGAGCGCAAGUACCCGUCCACAGGUUGCGUUGCGUUCGUGCUCGCCACCCAGCUCUGCAAGUCGGUGUCGCUGUACGGCUUCGGCCCGGACAGCACGCGCGACGCGGAGCAGCCCGCCAACGCCAAUGGGAGCCAGCAGGGUCCAGCGACGUACUCGCUCUUCAAGGAGAAGGCCUUCCUGGCAUUCCACGACUUCGGCACAGAGCAUGCGAUCAUCAGCGGCUUCGCGCACGCCACUGACGCGUCUGGCGUCGUCAAGCAGUGGUCGAAGAGAAUACUCAACAACGCCACCUUUCUGAAGCAGUGGAAGGGCGCCGUCCCUAUCAUCCAGAGAGGCCUGUCGUGCGCGAAGGUCCAGUACCCAGGCCCCGGCAUUACUCGGUCACACGUCAACCUAGGACCGUGCAAGAGUGAGCCUCUACUGCGCCUCACCGAGGAGCACUGCGUCGAGAUGGCGACUGUUGCCCUGGGCGGCCAGUCGGGCUGGGCGGCCACGGGACCGAAGAAGGAGUGUGACGUGUACGAAACUUGCACGGCUUGUGAUGGCAAAGUCGGCGACUGCAUCAUCGAAGGGCUGAAGAUGGUUCGCAUUGAGUCUAAUGGGAGCAAGGGGUCGGCUCCGCCCUGCGAGAGGCCCGAGCUUGCGGACGGAGUCAUGUCGCCGCUGAUAACAGACUCCGCGCGAACGCAACUCAGGAAAGACCUCGCCGCGUUCAAGAAGGCAGAGGUCCCUGGCCUGGAGAUCUUGCUGAGACCAGACGCGCUGCAUCCAGAGCGCGCGAGGCCAUGGGACACGUGUGCGAUCGUGGGCUCAGGCUCGGAGCUGGCUGGGCAGAAGGCUGGGGCUGCCAUCGACGCGCACGAGCAGGUGUGGCGGCUGAACACGCAGGUGGUGCACGAGAUGUACGAGGAUCUGGGCAGAAAGACGACCCUGAUCAUCUCCAACCACCACGCCUGGCGCCGCAUCUGCUAUCCUUCAGCCCUCUGACGUGCAGUGCAGGGCGUGCCGAAUGCGGGUGCUGACUGCUCUUAGGUGUAGGGCUCCUUGUCUUAGACGGGGGCUCCAGUGUGGGCAGCGGUGGCGCCUUCGCCAUCCAGCGCGCCAGUUGUAGGGACGCACGGCUGCCGCAGCUCCUCCUGUCUAGAAUCUCCAAGCCCCGCCUUAAAGCUCGCAAGAGCCCCCCC